CAACCUAUUGAUGGUGUCCUGUGUAUGAUUACAUUUCAAUGAAGAAAAGAAGAAAAAGGUGUUGGGGAUUAACCAGACAAAUUAAACAGUAUAGUAAACUACCAGAGAUUUGCUAAAGGAUGAGAAGAGCUAGAAUAUUGAUGGAAAGAAAACAAGUCAUCUCUUUUGACUACUAUAACCUCUCUUUGAACGAGGCGGUUAAUAACCAAGUUAAGGAGUAGUGGGAGGGAGUUAACGGCAGUUAUGGUAACUCCAGAAGCCCGCCCUUUGUUGAAAAUUCAAACCAUUCCCAGUUGGGCGGGUACGGGUGUGGGUGUGGCACUGUUUUCUUUUGCUGAUCGCAGUACUCUAUCUCAAGUCUACGAGAGAGAGAAUACUGUCAUAAUAAGUGCGAGGUUGAACAGCAAGGAGAUAUAACACAUUGUAGGAACAUGAGCCUUGAUACUCACACCAAGUUGCUAUUGGUGCUUUCAUUGUUUUGUUUCAAUGUUGUUUUUGCUGGGGAAAGUGGAGCAAGAAGUGCAGAUUUAGGAAUGGAAGGCUUUGAACAACAUGGAAGGGGGCUUGGGUUAUCACAUUACAAGGGAAGGAGCUCUCAUUUAUUCAAUGUCAAGAGCUUUGGUGCUCGGGCCGAUGGACUGACUGAUGACAGCAAAGCCUUCAGAGCAGCAUGGAAGAAAGCAUGUCAGGCUACAGGUGAGGUAGACCUUGUGAUUCCAAGAGGGACAUACUUGGUUGGCCCUGUCAAAUUCGCAGGCCCCUGCACAAAUGUGUCUAAAAUAACAGUUCGUGUGAAGGGUUAUCUGAAGGCAACAACAAACUUGUCUCAAUAUGGAUAUAGUGCUGGUUGGGUUGAAUUCAAAUGGGUGGAGGGGCUAAUUUUGACUGGAGGAGGGACUUUUGAUGGGCAGGGUGCCAAAGCAUGGCCUUACAAUAGGUGCCCCACUGACUUUAACUGCAAACUUCUUCCAACUAAUGUCAAAUUUGUGGGGACGAAUAGGACGGUUGUAAGAAGCAUAACUUCAGUAAAUAGCAAGUUCUUUCAUAUGGCUCUUGUCGAAUGCAAGAACUUCAAGGGCAGUAAAAUCAAGAUUUCAGCCCCAGCAGAUAGCCCUAACACAGAUGGGAUCCAUAUCGAACGAAGCUCUAGCGUACACUUUUCACGAUCACUUAUAGGUACAGGUGAUGACUGCAUAUCUAUUGGACAAGGAAAUUCUCAGGUCACCAUCACAAGCAUCAGCUGCGGGCCAGGUCAUGGCAUCAGCGUUGGAAGUCUGGGAAGAUAUAGGAAUGAAGGUGAUGUAAGUGGAUUAGUGGUUAGAGACUGCACAAUUACAGGGACCACGAAUGGGAUUAGGAUCAAGACAUGGGCUAACUCUCCAGACAGAAGUGCUGCCACCAAUAUGACAUUCGAAAACAUCAACAUGAACAAUGUGACCAAUCCGAUUAUAAUCGAUCAGGCAUAUUGUCCAUUCACAUCUUGCACCCCAAUGGGAACAUCUCAAGUGAAACUAAGUGACAUAUAUUUCAAGAAAAUAAAGGGAACAUCAUCAUCUGCAGUGGCGGUAACACUAGAAUGUAGCAAAGGGAUCCCAUGCCAGGAUAUUUACCUUGAAGAUGUUCACUUGGACCUGGCAUCAGGGGAGAAACAAGCGACUUCCACUUGUAAAAAUGUCAGGGCUAAAUACAUUGGCACCCAAAUCCCACCACCAUGUGCUUAGCAUAAAGCAGAAUUUUGAUCUUUCAAGUAACCCUGCAAUAUUUAUGCAGUUUGUAUACUUGUGUGUUUGUGCUGGCUA